AUGAGAAGUGCGGACCAGGACUAUAAAAAUCAUAGGACACGAGACCUAUACAACAAGAUUAGCUCUUUAAGCAAGGAUUUUAAACCGAAAAUAAUGUUUUUAAGAAACGAAAAUGAUACUUGGUUAACGGAUAGAGACGACAUAGUCGAGGAAUGGGCUCAAUACUUCGACCAGCUGCUAAAAUGUAGAGAACCCUCUAAUCCAUUCCUCUUUGAGAAUAAAGAACCGAAUGGGGAAGAUUAUCCCGAACCUACGAUAGAGGAAAUUGCGAAACAAAUAAAAACCCUAAAAAACCACAAGUCGCCCGGUGAAGAUGGAAUUACCGGAGAGCUACUUAAAACAGGUGCGGAUAAUCUUGUUAAAUAUAUUCAUCGUUUAAUAAGUUUAAUAUGGCAAAAAGAAGAGAUACCAAAGGAAUGA